AUGAAUCUUCGAGAUUGGGGACCGAAGGUUGAUGUUGUUGUUUUUUGUUUUCUUGACCUUGCUUCAAAUUAUGAACCCCCAGAUUCACUUGCGGAGUGGCUUGAAGCUGGCGAACAACCUGUCUAUAUUGGAUUUGAUAGCCUUUUCUAUCCCAGAGUGGCUCUGUUUGUCCUUACCCCGAAAAAAUUACUUGUUCCUUCCCAAUUAAAACAAUCAACCAAAGCCACAAUCUCCAAAGACCUUCAUAGUAUACCUCUGAAUUGCAUAGUACCAUUCUUUGGGGAACAGCCAUUUUGGGGGGAGAGGGUGCAUGCCAGAGGAGUAGGUCCUGCACCCAUUCCAGCUGAUGAAUUCUUGCUUGAAAAGUUGGUCGAUGCCAUACGCUUCAUGUUAGAUCCAAAGGUUAAAGAACGUGCUGUUGAAAUUGCCAAGGCCAUGGAUGGUGAAGAUGGGGUGACAGGAGCAGUGAAUGCCUUUCAUAGGCACUUUCCUCACAAUAAAUCUGAAGAUAAUAACGUGAAGCAAAAUCUUCAUGUUCGCUCAAUAUAUAGAGUAACAUAA